AUGGAGGAGAGGAAGUUUGUGUGCAAGUAUUGCAGCAAGAGGUUCCCUUGUGGGAAGUCUCUUGGUGGCCACAUCAGGACUCACAUGAUGAGUGAGAAUUCAGCUUUAGGUAAUGUAGAGAGGAAGAAUGCUACUAAUGCUAUGUUAAAGUUGGAUGGUGGGAGAAAGAGGAAGAGGGAUUUGGGAUCUGAAGAAAAUGGUGGUGGUGUUAGUGGGGGGAACUACAACAUCAUUUAUGGUCUUAGAGAGAACCCCAAGAAGACCACCAGGUUUGUGCAUUCCAAUUCCACUUUGCAAGUUGACAAGUUCUGCAAAGAAUGUGGGAAGGGAUUUCUAUCAAUGAAGGCUCUUUGUGGUCACAUGGCUUGUCACUCUGAAAAGGACAAGGGAGCCAACAGGUUAGAAAGCAGUUCUGGUGGGUUUACUGAGAAGCAGAAAUUGGUUAUGGAUAGUCAAUCUGACACUGAAACAUCUACGCCAAGGAGGUCCAAGAGAAUGAGGUUCAAGACCCUUAGCAAUAGCAACAACCAACCUCAAUCGUCUGUUUCGGAGGUUGAGCAAGAACAAGAAGAAGUGGCUAGGUGUUUGAUGUUGUUGUCUAAGGAUUACAGGGGUCGUUUUGCUUUGUUCACAGAGUCUUCUGAUAACAACUCGGUUAUUCUAGAGGCAAAGUCACCUUCUCUGGAAACCAAGGUUACUAUAAUGAAUAGUAAUGGUAAGAAUUUUAUGUCUAGUGCUUAUGUGGAGAAGAAGUUGGGGCAGCCCAAGGACUUGUAUGAUUCUGAUAAUUCAGAUUCUGGGUAUUUUAGAUAUGGUCCUAAGGAGGUUGAUUCCACUGAUUCAAAUAAUGGGCAUUUCAAGAAUGAGGUUAAGCCUUCCAAAGUCGGGUACUUGUCUAAAUUUGAGGAUUAUGAUGUUGAGUCGAGGAAAGUGCUAAGCAGGGAAGGAAGCAAGAACAUUGAAUUUAAGAAAUUUGUUUCAGAGGAUUGGGAGAAUGAUAGACAGAAUGGUGGGGCUGCAAGAAAAUUUGAUUCAAAGAAAUUUAAGAAGUCCAACUAUGAUUCUCUUGGCCAAAAUUUGGGUGGUGUUUCUGGCAGGAAGAUGAGGAAUGAUUUUGUCAAUGAUAAGAUGAACAGGUACGAGUGCUUAACUAGUGAAAGAGACCAUGGUUAUGAUGAUUAUGCUUAUGAAAGUGAUGGAAACAGCACACACUCUGAUUCAUAUCCAGCUCCAAAGGCUUAUAGAAAAAGGAAUCUCAGUGGCAAAAAGGGGAAGAAGAAAUCGAAAUCAAGGAAAAGCAAGGUACAUGAGUGUCCAAUCUGCAACAAAAUUUUCAGGUCAGGCCAAGCCUUGGGGGGUCAUAAGAGAUCCCAUUUUAUUGGAGGUUCUGAAGAGAACACCCUGGUGAUAAGACCAGGUGCUCCUGUUGUUCCUUGUCUCAUUGAUCUCAACCUACCAGCACCAGAUGAUGAAUAG